AUGCACAAACCAUCGCUGGCUCAGAUCGUGCAUAGCGCGACCUUUCCUCGUCCUCGAACGAGUGAUCCCGCCACCUUCUCCGCCCAUAUCACUCGCAACCUGGUGCCGGAAGUGCGCAUCGAAACCUCCACGUUCUAUGGCUCCCUCGAUAGUAUUGAGGCGCAGUACCCCGGUCUCGACUACUCCUAUCCGCCCCAUCGCAUGAGAUUGAGUCGCUUCCACUGGCAUCGCCGUCUGUUCAAGGUCUUCGAUGAACUGGGUUUGACGGAGAAGGAGAUCGCUUCGCUCUGUCGUUGGGAAGGUACCAAGUCGGCGCGCGAACGCUACGAAAAGGAAGAGGGGAUCAAGGUGCGCGACACCACCGCCGACUCUAUCCGCCCGGCCACGCCCCCGCCUCUCCCUUCCAUCGAGGUGCAUUACGAUAAUGGGCCCGAGCGGGUCGAAAAACAACCCGUUUCAAUCGAGACCUCCGAGCACGCCGUCGAUUUGGACGUCGUGGUCGAUGACCGUGGUGUGGACUGCGAUCUGCCGCGUCCUGUCGAAGACGAGUUCAGCGACGACGAGAUGGAGAGCUGUGGAGUGGCCCUGAACCAUCGGCUGUUGGCUGCGAGUGCGGCACGCGAACAAGGCGCCAAUGUGCCCCUGGAUGAAGAUUGGGAGCAAUGGCUGAAGGAAGCCCGGGAACGGGGGAGCUAUACGGACGUCCUGAAUGCCAUUCGCACCGGUCAACCACUGAACUUUCUCUACGAUAUGCCGGUGCCCCAGCUGAACCGGACCCGAACGCGACCACCUACUUCUUUUUCUCGGCCCUUUGCCCUUCCCGCGUCUAACAUGAUCUCCACUAACAUUGCCAUCCGACGUCCGCCCCAUUCGCCGUCGGGGGCGGCGCGGUAG